AUGCCUGAAUCGUUGCUCUGGAUCACAAAAACGCAAGGCUCCACAGUCUUAUCACGAAGUUCCAAGACAGAGACCAAACAGAUCCGCAAACAUGUCCAGAGUCAGAGGGCACGAGCAGCUCAAGUGGCAGCGAAGGCUGCUGCCAGUCGCAAGGACAAGGAGUCGUCCCCAGAGCAAAAAUCGACUGAAGUCCCGACGAAGAAAAUACGUGGUCUUCGUCUUGACACCAAUAUAGAACCUGAGCAGUCAGAAACCGCCGAACAGCGACGCCGUGCUCUUCUGUCUGCCUCACUAUCCCCCACCAGCCACUCUGGUCGAGUGCUCCAGGCCAUAACCGCUUUCCCGGGUCUAGAGCCGCAAGAGCUCCGAAGCUUAGUUUUUUUCUGCCAGUUCACGGGCCCACAGUGGUCGGGCUGGAGAGAUGCUGCUUUCUGGAACAAGCUGAUCCUCCAGGCCUGUCACUUGGACCGGUCCAUACUCCACGGGGUAGUCGCCCUAGGCGCCUUACACGAAUCCUCCGAAGUUGAUGGCGAGUCAGACGAAAGAUCCAAUCUGCAGCAAUUGGCCCUUCACCAGAGCAGCAAAGCUUCGCGGAUGGCUUUCGAGACGCCUGUCUCCGAAAUCGCCACUCUGAUCUCAUGUAUCAUCUUUAUCUGUCUACAGAAUUUGCAAGAUAGCUCUACUGCCUAUCAAUUGCUACGGUCAGGCCACAGUCUCGUCACAGAUAUCGGAGACCGUUUGCUAUCGGGCGAACUGGUUCUUGCCGACAGCGAGAAGACAGUGUUGAAUAAUUUUAUUCGACCUAUCAUCGAGCGACUUCGAAUGAGGUUCUGCUGUAUCGUUGAUAUGCCCUCUGCGCUCGCUCUCAGUGCCACUCUCAGACGGAAUGAGUCCGAGUCUCUCCUACCUACACCUGAACUCCCAUAUCGCUUCGACAGUCUGCUCGAAGCGCGCAACAAGCUCGAAGAAAUUGUCGAUUGGGCACAGAAAAGCAUUGAUCCUGCUAACCGAGCAUGUAAGAACAAAUCCCAAACACAGUUAUUCAUAUCAGGCUGGAUUGCCGCCCUUGACGAGACUGGCAUCACUGUUUCCGAACGCUACGACACGCUUGCGAUCUCGAAGAAGCUCCUCAGAGCUUCUGCACUGGUUGCUUCCAUUCUCUUUGACACACUCGCCACGCAGGAAGAAUGCAGUUAUGAUGCGCAUGUGGACAAAUUCUCGCAAAUCAUUGACCUUUACAAGGACGCAUUGACUGAUCCAUCCAAGACUCCGAAAAAUGUUUCUUUUGGCAUUGACUCUGGUGUGAUAGACACUCUAGCCUUCGUGGCUGGAAGAUGUCGUGAUCCAAUCAUCCGCAGGUCAGCCAUCGACCUGCUGACUCGGACGAACAGAACCGAGGGCGAUCUUCAAGGAAGGACAGGGAGCACCAUCCUUCAAACGUUGAUUGAGCUUGAGGAAGGCGAUCUACUCGUCACAUCUGCCAGUGAUGUCCCCGAAACCCAACGCUUACGUAUAUGGGAGGACCAUCAAUAUUGGGAGACGGGCAAGAUUGAUAUUUUCUUUGUGAAAUCGCCGUAUGAUCCUGCUUUAGGCGCUGAGACCAAGCAGGUGAGGGCAUAUCUACCUAUGAAUUCCUUGAGGAAAGCCAAGGAGAAAGCACUUCCUGGCAGCCCUGUCGGAUUGCCCAAUGUGAAGUAUGGUCGUGGUGUAGGAGCAUUUCUAGAGGAGAGAUCCCAGACUUACCACCAAAUUACACUUUCGUCUUUUUUCAUGCCUAUGCCUAGGCUAUGA